CCACCCCAAGCCUAUUACUAGAGUAUUCCACUCAAACAAACUUGCGGCCUCAGCUCCUUGCGAACUGGCGUAAGUUUGGAAACAGAGGAACUGAGAAGGAGACACGAACACCAGCCGACCUGCGCCACCGCCCACCUUCCACGCUCUAGGCUCUGCAUCAACCAUCUUCCCUCUCCGGUUCCGAGUUACCGAGUCCACUCUGCCCUCCGCGGCUCUGCCUCCAGCUCCAGAUCUCGAACUUCUACGGAGUAUAUAGGAGUUCCUCCAAGUCUCCAACUAGUGUUAUUAUAAGCUUGGGAAGAACAUGGUUGAUUCGGAUUUAGACGACUUCGAUGCUGCUCCGAAGAAGGCCCAAGUUCGACCAUCGCGGUUUGCGCCGAAGGGUUCAAAACCCGGACCUCAAUUAUCCAAAGUGAAGAAGGAACCUGUAUCGUCUUCCAAUUCCGUGUUGCCGGAACCUAAUCCCGCUCCUAUAGAUAAAAAGGAGGAAUUAGAUUCCAAGACCAUCCCUGUCACUAGUCACAUCCCUAAAUCAAAACUUGAAGAAGAUGGCAGUACUAGCGAUGGACUACAAAUGGACGUGGAUAUGAAGCCAGAUGAUGGAAAUAGAGAACAAGACCAUGACGAGCCAAUGAUCAGUGAAGGGGAGGAAGAUGAGGUUGUUCGAGAGAUUGACAUUUAUCUUACUCCUUCCACCGAUCCUAACACUAAGCUUUAUGUCCUUCAGUAUCCGUUGAGGCCAAAAUGGAGACCAUAUGAAUUGGAAGAAAGGUGUAAAGAGGUGAGGGUAAAACCUGUAAGUUCAGAGGUUGAAGUUGAUUUGGCAAUUGAUUUUGAUUCCAAGAAUUAUGACAGUAAUGAAGCUGCUAGAGUGAAGAUGACAAAGCAGACUCUUUCAACUUCAUGGAAACCAACUCCUUCCUCAACCGGGUAUGCUGUUGGGGUACUGGUUGGCAAUAAGUUGCACCUCAAUCCCAUUCAUGCAGUUGUGCAACUCCGACCAGCAACACAUCAUCUUACAUCUAGUGGAACUGAUAAGACGGGAGGAAUUAAGGAACAAAAGCCUAUAGUAUCCACAAACAAGCAGACCAAACCUCAGGAACUAAUGGAAGACAAGAAUAUUGAAGAGUCUUGGGUGUGCCUCAAGUACCAUCAUGGACAGAGUGACACUUCAUUUAGAUAUUUAAAAAAAAUGGUCGAGGUCGAAGGCUCUUCGAUACAGUUUUCCAUGAGCCCGUACGACUAUAUAAACGCUAUGUGUCCUCGUGUGAUGGAGGAGAGUGAUAAAGUCAAAGCCCACCCACCAAGGUUAUUGAAUACAUUACAAGUGGAAGAACGUAUUAAAACUUGGCUUCUUGAGGGGCCACCUAUUCACCGUUUCAAUACUUUGAGGUAUCUGGCCCCCGAAGAAUCACCAGAAGAAAUUUUGAGAAUUCUCCAAAAGCAUGCCGUACUAGUUCAAGGACUUUGGGUCCCAAAAAGUGCUUUAGUCUAUGGAAAGGAGUCAGGCAUAAAACUUCCGGCCAGGGACUAUGUUCUGUCUUUGUUGAGUAAAUCGCCUUCUAUACAAAAGUCAAUGUUGAAGGACACAGUACCUGCUUUUGAGAAAGCUAUGAAAGAGGUAAUGAAUGUGCUAACUGUUGAGAGAACAAUCCUCAAAGAUUGGAAACUUAAAGAGAAUCCCGACCCUAGUUUCCUGAAACUUUAUCCCGAAGUUGCUAUGGAGCAAGCUGCAAGUUGGGAACGUCGGCAAAAAGGACUGCAUGAUGUUGUUUCCAUAGCAAAGAGUAAGCGUCAUGGCAAGCAGACUUUAGAGAAUACAAUGACAACAAAAAGUUCACCUGCACAAGCAGUUCCUGAUAAGCAGGGACUAAGAACUGUGAAUGCCACUGUGUCAAGGACAUCAAUGUCAGAAGAAACUCGAGAAGCUUUACCAAAGGCCCUCCUGAAGCUUUUCAAGAUUCACAGUGUUUGCAGUAUUCAACAAAUCUGCCAACGGUUGAGAGAAAUGGCAGUUUCUGAGACUGUUCGUCCAAAAGGAGAUGCACGGGAAGCACAAGCUGCAGCAUUGGGUGUUGAUGCUCCACUGGAGGAGCUGCGGUCAAUUAUAAAUCAGGUUGCUGUUAACAUCCAUGAUGUAUAUGUGCUGAAGUCAUCCCCCGAGAAUCCACAGUACGAUCCAUUAAGGAAGGUGGUUAUUGAUCUUUUCAUUGCUGAUGGUCCUAAUGCAAAGCUUAAAAAGGCUUCAAUUCUUGAGGCUGCUAAGUUGCAACUUAAAAGGGAUAUUUCAGAUGUAGAGUUGAGGAAGGUUUUGAAUGAAUUGUGUGUAUCGCAGCACUCUGCUUGGCUUCUAAAACGUGGUGAUGGGAGUUCAAAAUAGGACCUCUUUUGCAAAUUGAGUAUGUCUUCGCAUCAAACAACUGGUCGUUCAUGACCGGUCUAAAGUCUAUACCCAGGGGCUGCCCUGGCCUAUUUGCUUAGUAAAUACUGCACAUGUCAAGUUUUAGAUCCUGAGAGUCAACUAUGACUACUUUAGGGCUUUAGGCACACAUAUAAUCUUUGUUGAGGUUUCCUGCUGAGAGCAUGCUGCUCUCUCCAUUACCCCAUUCUAAGAACAUUUUGACAUUUAUUGGAUUCUUUCCAUCAAGGUGGACACAUUUACACUUGCUUAAUUUGCUGAUAACACAUUUUUGCCCCACAAGACUACAGUUUCUAUUCAUGUAGUUAACACACUUUUUUUGUCUGAUUUGAGUACGAAAUACUAUCAUUUUUAUAUUAUGUUUUUGCGCUUCAAUAG